UGCAAAGCAAUCGCUUCCUAGUGUCCUGAGUAAAGCAGGCACAUUUCCCAAAGCCGCCUUCUCUCCUCGCAGACACAGGUUGUAGUCCUUAAAUCUCUUUUUCUUGGGCUCCUGGGGAAUAGAUAAUAAGUUAAGGAAACAAUAUUCUGACAUUGGCUGCUUGUGGAAGUCAUAGGCGCGGGGCACUGCAGGAUGACAGUCGGGUUGUGGUGGUGCAGUGCCGAGAACAGUUACCAGAGGGCCAGCUCAUCCUUUCUACCGUUGUUAGUCCUUGAAAGCCUGUAGGAAGCUGUUGUGGAGGAAUACAACCUGUGCUCAAGCCUAAAGGAUGUGUGGACCGUGGCGCUCUUCCCUUGCACAGAUGAGUGUCGCUAGUUCAGAAACAAAUCUACCAGAGUUACAAUCUGCAUUGGAACAAGAUUCUGAUUAAAAAUAUUCAAAGAAUCGUGAAAGCCUUAUAGUAUCAUCUAGCUUCAGUUCCUCACCUAAUGGAGUUCACACAUCCUCAGGCAGUAGUUUUAUUAUAGAUGGUUUUUUAGUUAGAAAGCACCAUUGUUAGCUGGGUUCACACCUUUUUUCCUAGCUUUAAUCCCAGCACUCAGGAGGCAGAGGCAAGCUGAUCUCUAGAGUUCAAGGCCAACCUGCCCUUCAGAAUGAGUUCUGAAACAGCCAGAACUACACAGAGAAACCUGGUCUCAAAAAACCAAAAGAAAAAAAAUUAAAAAAAAAUAAGAAAGCACCAUAGUUCAAACAUUUUAGUAUUGAACUAAUAAUCUUUCUCUUGGUCUCUUGAUAAUAUUCAUUUUGGAGGUGACUUCUAAAAUAUUAUCUUGAGUAAUUCCAAUUGCCUUUGGAUCUCUCUUUAAAUAGUACCCUUUUUUCCUUCGUAAUGUAAUCAAUUCCCAAAUCUUUCUCUCCAUUAUCUGGCUUCAUAAUUUUAGAAGACUAAGUGGCUGUUUUAUUUUGAGUCUGGUACUUAGCUAGUCAGUCAAACUUACAAGGAUGGCAAUAUAACUGAACAUACAUAAAACUGUGCUCUCCACUGUUCUGAGCACUGUCUCCUCAUGCUAGCUGUGAAGUAGCUUCUGUGAUUAGUCUCAUUUCCCAGAUGUGUAAACUGAAGGGCUAGCUGCCUGUUAGCAGUAGAGCAAAAUUCAAGCCUGGGCUCAGGUUUAAUAAGCUUUCAAACACUACAUCAAGUGAUUUCUUACUCUUAACACAAGUGGUUUCCAUUAUAGGAUAAAGCUUAUUUCUUAGAAUAACAUCAAAUAUCCUCAUAACCUCCUCUACUGGAGCCUUAGGUCCUUCAACUCCUUGCCAUGUAUGCUAUAUUCUCAUAAUACCAGACUUCUUGUAUGACUCCUAGCACACAGUGCUUUCCUUUUCUUUUUCUUUUUUUCUUUAACAUAGUUGUACAUUCACUACCGCCCCCUUGCUCACUUUGCACCGUUAUCCUGCAGAUGACAUGAAGGAACACACCUGUAAUUCUAGCACUUUCAGGGUGGAGACAGGGCGAUCACACAUUGAAGACCAUCCUUAUAAUAAACCCUGUCUCAAAAGAAUCGUAGCACAAACGUUGUAAGUCUCAUUCUGCAGAUUGCCUUCAGGAAGCCUUGCUUGUUGUCUGUACUCCUCUCCAUUUCCUCUGCCAUGUGGAGUGGUCAGCCCUCCCGCCACCACCCUGCCCCACACCCUUGAUUUACUCUUCUGCAUCAUCACACUGAUCACAGUAAUUGAAACUCUGUCCAAAAGUGUGAGCUGUGUUUUCUUCUCUUUAUGGAGCCCUUGUCAUCAGUCUCCCAGCAAAGUUUCAAGUGUUCAUUUAUUUGCAGAUAAUUACUCGUGGUGAUGGCUUUCAGCGUCAUAAACAAAAGAAGGCACAUGGGACUUCAACAGCUUUCAUCAUUUGCACAAACAGGAAGAAGUUUCCUAGGCCCAGUCAAAGCCACCAAGUUUAUUACAGAUGCAGAGUGUCAUGAAAGUGUGUUAAUCAGCUCAACAGUCAGACUUCUUGAAGGUUUGGAUUUAACCUGUGCAGUGGGGCAGCUUCUCAAUGAAGCAGUUCAAGCACAGCAUGGUGCAUAUAGAAUUGGAACCAGCACUCUCUUGUUUCUUGUUGGUGCAUGGAGCAGAGCUGUAGAAGAAUGUCUCCAUCUGGGUGUUCCCACCACAGUAAUAGUGUCAGCAAUGUCCGAAGGCUUGAACUCUUGCAUCGAAGCAGUAGUUUCCCUUCAAGUACCCAUAUGCAAUGUAUUUGACCACAUGGACAACUCAAGUAUAGUUUACAAACUUGAAACAGUUGAUGUCAACUUGUGUCCUUCAGGUCCCAGGUUGUUACAGGGAAAGCAUAAUUUCAAAGAUGCUACGUCUCAGUUAUUGUCCUUUUACAGUCUUUCUGAGAGACAUGCUGCAUCACCCAAAUUCUUCGAAACUCAGGCUAAGGUUGAAACAGAAGAACACAUACCACAGACUCUACGAAACAGCCUGCAUGCAGAUUCCUUCUACAGAAAGUCAGCAUUAACUCACAGUAGGCAUUUUAAUAGGACAGAUAAUAGCCAUGGGAUAAGCAGACCGGAUGGAUUUCUAGAACAAUGUGGAUCAACUCCUAAAACUUCUUCAUGUAAAGCUUUGGUGGAGUUAGCAAUCGGCUUGAGCCAUGGAGACCACAGCAGCAUGGCAUUGGCAGAAGCAGCUGUGAGACUGCAGUGGCAGAGUGUGUACCUGCAGCAAGACAACUAUAAGGCACCAUUUGUGUUUGAUGUUUCAAAACUCCUCACUUGCUGUCUCCCCGGCUUACCUGAAACUUCUUCUUGUGUUUGUUUAGGAUAUGUCACUGUCGUACCCAUGUCUAGUCUUGCUCUGAUAAAGGAAUUGCAGGAUCAACCUUUCCGGGUGAUUCUCAUCGAGGGUGACCUCACAGAGAGUUACCGCCACCUGGGAUUUAAUAAGUCCGUAAAUAUUAAGACUAAGUUAGAUAGUGGGAAGCUUCCAGAAGAUAGUGCAGAAGAACUGUGGGCAAAAAGUGUGUUGCAGGUGUUAACCCAGUUCAAUGUGAACCUCGUCCUGGUACAAGGAAAUGUAUCUGAGCACCUAACUGAAAAAUGCACGCACAGUAAGCGGCUGGUGAUUGGGUCAGUGAAUGGCAGUGUGUUGCAAGCGUUUGCAGAGGCUACAAGAGCAGCACCAGUAGCCUAUGUUACACAAGUGAAUGAAGACUGUGUGGGCUCUGAGGUUUCCGUGACCUCCUGGACAAGUCCUCAUGAGGUGUGCGGGAGCAACAGAAUGGCAGUCUUGUUAAAAACAGAAAGAAUUAAUUUGAUUACAGCCGUACUCGCCAGCCCAGUAAGUGCUCAGAUGGAAGCCAAGGAAGACAGGUUUUGGUCUUGUGUAUAUCGUUUAUCUCAUGCCCUAAAAGAGGAGAAGGUCUUCCUUGGAGGUGGUGCUGUUGAAUUUUUAUGUCUUAGUCAUCUUCAACUUCUUGCUGAACAACCUUUAAAUAAAGAAGAUAAUGCUUGUUCAGGAUGGCUUCCUGAUUCUUCCUCUUGGAUGGCCUCAUCUCUGUCCGUCUAUAGACCUACUGUGCUGAAGUGCAUGGCAAGUGGGUGGCAUGAAUACCUGUCAGCUGUCAUGUGUAACACUGCCACUCACCCAUCAGCAGUGGAAGCCAGCACAUGCAUUCAACGUCAUGUACAAAAGGCCACCAACUCUGGCUCCCCUUCAUCUUAUGUCUUGAGUAAAUACAGUAAACUAAGUAGUGAACUUUUUCAUUCAGGUAUUUCAGAUAACCUGGAGCUAGUUCCAAGAGUUUAUGAUACUGUUACCCCAAAGACUGAAGCCUGGCACCGAGCAUUGGACUUAGUGCUCUUAGUGCUUCAGACAGACAGUGAAAUAAUUACUGGACUCGAACACACACAGAUAAACUCACAGGAAUUAGAUGGAGUUUUAUUUUUGUAGGGUCAGCUAAAUCUUUGGGAAAUAAGCAGUAUCGUAUUAAUAAAUUUUAAAGUGUGUGGGAGUGCACGUGUACAUGUGCAUGCAUGUCCUGGGAGGCCAGAAGAAGGCACCAGAUCCCCUGAAAUCGUAGUUGUGGGUUUAUAAGCUGACCAGUGUUGGUGCUUGGAACCCAACUGUGCAAGAGCAGCAAGCCCUCUUAACCUUUUAACCAUUUCUCCAGUUGUAAUAAAUAUAGUCAGAUCAUAGUGUCUAAAUUAUUAGCAAUUGCCAAGAAUGAGUUGAUGUCUAUCAGUAGCUACAGUUCUGAAUUUUACUCUAUUUAUAAGCUAACAAAGUAGCCUGUUCUUAUUUCACAGGUGCUAUAGGAUACCCCUGGAUUAGAAGCAGAGCGCUUUUGCCAAUCAUGGCAGAUUCUGCAUUCAGAGUAUUGUGUUGGUUUUAUCAGUUCCUUGGCUUUUCUGUCCAACAAGAGCAUCACAGAGGGCCAGUGGCAGGACCUGGAACAAAGGGUGUUCUCUUGUAAGACAAAUGCUGAACUUGUGAUAUUUACUGCCAAAGCAGAAAUAAGUCCACUUAUUUGUCCAACAGGAGUGAUUACAUCCUUCAACAGUGCUUAAGUCAAAACAGCCAUGGACAUGGACUAGAUAAAGAUUGGUCAAGCUUUUAUAGUCUUUGCAUCUAUAGUAAGUAUAGAGAUAUCUUUAUAUUCUUUGCAUCUAUAGUAAGUAUGGAGAUGCUGUCUCAAUUACUUUUCUAUUGCUGUAAUAAGACAGACCCAGGGCAACUUAUGAAAGACUUUAAUUUGGCUUUGUGGUUCAGAGAGUCAGAGCCCAUGACGACAGAACAAAAGCAUGGUGACAGUGACAUCUGUGAGCCCACAUCUUGGUCCCCUAGUAGGAGGUGGGGAGUUGAGGGGAUGAUGACAGUGACAUCUGUGAGCUCACAUCUUGGUCCACUAGUAGGAGGUGGGGAGUUGAGGGGAUGAUGACAGUGACAUCUGUGAGCUCACAUCUUGGUCCACUAGUAGGAGGUGGGGAGUUGAGGGGAUAGUGCAGUGAUCUCACCCAGUGCAACACACCUUCUCCAGUAAGACCACACUUUCCAGACCAUCCCAGAUAUUUCCACCGUGCCUGCCUUCUUUCCAUUAUUCUUUAAGCACACCUUUACAGGACUGUCUUGGUCUUUUUUGUCUUUCAUUUUCAAUCCCCACAACCAGUAUAAUCACUGUUAACAUUUAGGGGAUGGUUUUCUAAGGCUUCUUAAAUUUACAUGUCUGUGUAAAUACAUUUUGACCACAAAGUGGCAUCACUGUAUAUAGUGACAUUUCAACUGUAUUUUAAUAAAUAAAGACUGCCUGAAGAUCUGAGAGUAAAACAGCCCCACUGGUCAGCCUUACAGACCAGGUUAUGG